GGUUUCACCAUGUUGGCCAGGCUGGUCUGGAACUCCUGACCUCAAGUGAUCUGCCCGCCUCAGCCUCCAAAGUGCUAGGAUUACAGAGUGAGCCACCACACCCAGCUGUUUAUCAUUUUGUAUCUUGCUUUUUUUCAGAAUGGCAGUGUGUGAAGAGCUACUCCGUUCCACUGAACCGACCCUGUCACUGCAAUCUUUUUUAUUUUUAUUUUGUUUUAUUUUGGUGCUGUAACUGUCAAGGCUGGGCAGAGGCCUGGGCCCACCCACCCCUUGGUCCACUUUUUACACAACGUGGACACAACUUUGACGGUUUUUGCUGCUCCUUUCUAGACAGGGAAACAGAGACCCUGGGAGAGAAGCUGUUCCACAGCUCCUGUCACUGCAUUCUAAUGGCUUCUUUUUUGUUUUGUUUUUUUUUUUUGAGACAGGAUCUCUGUCACCCAGGCUGGAGUGCAGCAGUACAAUCAUAGCUCACUGUAGCCUUGACCUCCUAGCUCAAGCAAUAUUCCCACCUCAGCAUCCUGAGACCCUAGAACUACAUGCACUGCUAAUUUUUUGGUAGAGAUGGGAUCUUGCUAUGUUGCCCAGACUGGUUUCGGACUCCUGAGCUCAAGUGAUCCUCCUACCUCUGCUUCCCAAAGUACUGCGAUUACAGCUGUGAGCCACUGCAUCUGGCUUCUGGUAGCUUCUUUUUAACCAGGGUGUUAAAAAGAAGUGCUUGUUGUCCACCUGCUGUGUACCAGGCCCCACCUAACUCUGUCUCUUUGCCAGGUGUCCUGGAGCCCUCUGAUGGUUUUCCUUCUUCCAUUUUCAACCUUAACUCUCAAAUGCACAUUUCAUUUACUCAUCAAGUGCCUCCUGAAUCUGGGUUGGUCUGGCGAGGCCAGGCCGGGCUAAGUUUGCUCUCCAUUUCCUGUUCACAUCCACCCGAAGGCUCUCGCUGGCCCUGACACAUUGCAUGUGUUGAGUAUUUCAGGCCCUGGCCUUUUAGCAGCCCUCUAAGGCAGGGCCUACCUGUAGCCCCAUUCCAAAGAUGGGGUAACUAAGGUUCAGAGAGGUGAAGUCACCUGUCCAGCAUCACAAGUAGCAGAGCCAGGCUGGCCCUGGCCUGGCCCUUACCUCCAAGCUCAUGUAGCGGGCUUUCUCUCCACCCACCAGGGGUCUUAGACAAGUGGUUUGGGAAGCCCCAUUUCUGUGAUCUUGACAGUCCUGAGAGUUCACAGGGCAUUUGGCACCUUCCCCCAUGUUACAAUGGGAACCAAGGUGCUGAGAGGGGAAGGCGUCCUGGCUCCUGGAUACCACCUCUCCCUCUCUGCCAGCUGGAGGCCGGAACAGUUAGGACAAAGGGUGUCUGGUGGUGGCAGCAGCUCUGCACUCACAGCCCAGCCGUCUGACCUGGGGGUGGGCGGAUGAGGGGGAAGGAGGAAUCCAGGCUGGGCAGAGGCCUGGGCCCACCCACCCCUUGGUCUACUUUUUAUACAAUGUAGACACAUCUUUGACAGUUUUGCAGCUCCUUUCUCUCCCAGGAGACCCUGGGAGAGAAGCUGUUCCACAGCUCCGACAGGACACAACGCCAGCUGGGAGAGCCAAGCACAGGGAGGGUUAAACCAUGAUUCCGGUGACAGAGCUCCGCUACUUUGCGGACACGCAGCCAGCAUACCGGAUCCUGAAGCCGUGGUGGGAUGUGUUCACAGACUACAUCUCUAUCGUCAUGCUGAUGAUCGCCGUCUUCGGGGGAACGCUGCAGGUCACCCAAGAUAAGAUGAUCUGCCUGCCUUGUAAGUGGGUCACCAAGGACUCCUGCAAUGACUCGUUCCGGGGCUGGGCAGCCCCAGGCCUAGAGCCCACCUACCCAAACUCCACCAUUCUACCGACCCCUGACACGGGCCCCACAGGCAUCAAGUAUGACCUGGACCGGCACCAGUACAACUAUGUGGACGCCGUGUGCUACGAGAACCGGCUGCACUGGUUCGCCAAGUACUUCCCCUACCUGGUGCUCCUGCACACGCUCAUCUUCCUGGCCUGCAGCAACUUCUGGUUCAAAUUCCCACGCACCAGCUCGAAGCUGGAGCACUUUGUGUCUAUCCUGCUGAAGUGCUUUGACUCACCCUGGACCACGAGGGCCCUGUCUGAGACAGUGGUGGAGGAGAGCGACCCCAAGCCGGCCUUCAGCAAGAUGAAUGGAUCCAUGGACAAGAAGUCCUCGACUGUAAGUGAGGAUGUGGAGGCCACUGUGCCCAUGCUGCAGCGGACCAAGUCACGGAUCGAGCAGGGCAUCGUGGACCGCUCGGAGACAGGUGUGCUGGACAAGAAGGAGGGGGAGCAGGCCAAGGCGCUGUUUGAGAAGGUGAAGAAGUUCCGGACCCACGUGGAGGAGGGGGACAUUGUGUACCGCCUCUACAUGCGGCAGACCAUCAUCAAGGUGAUCAAAUUCAUCCUCAUCAUCUGCUACACUGUCUACUACGUGCACAACAUCAAGUUCGACGUGGACUGCACCGUGGACAUUGAGAGCCUGACAGGCUACCGCACCUACCGCUGUGCCCACCCCCUGGCCACGCUCUUCAAGAUCCUGGCAUCCUUCUACAUCAGUCUGGUCAUCUUCUAUGGCCUCAUCUGCAUGUACACGCUGUGGUGGAUGCUGCGGCGCUCCCUUAAGAAGUACUCGUUUGAGUCGAUCCGUGAGGAGAGCAGCUACAGCGACAUCCCCGACGUAAAGAACGACUUCGCCUUCAUGCUGCACCUCAUCGACCAGUAUGACCCGCUCUACUCCAAGCGCUUCGCCGUCUUCCUGUCGGAGGUGAGUGAGAACAAGCUGCGGCAGCUGAACCUCAACAACGAGUGGACACUGGACAAGCUCCGGCAGCGGCUCACCAAGAACGCGCAGGACAAGCUGGAGCUGCACCUGUUCAUGCUCAGUGGCAUCCCUGACACCGUGUUUGACCUGGUGGAGCUGGAGGUCCUGAAGCUUGAGCUGAUCCCUGACGUGACCAUCCCACCCAGCAUUGCCCAGCUCACAGGCCUCAAGGAGCUGUGGCUCUAUCACACAGCGGCCAAGAUUGAGGCACCUGCACUAGCCUUCCUGCGCGAGAACCUGCGGGCGCUGCACAUCAAGUUCACUGACAUCAAGGAGAUCCCACUGUGGAUUUACAGCCUGAAGACACUGGAGGAGCUUCACCUGACAGGCAACCUGAGUGCAGAGAACAACCGCUACAUCGUCAUCGACGGGCUGCGGGAGCUCAAACGCCUCAAGGUCCUGCGGCUCAAGAGCAACCUGAGCAAGCUGCCACAGGUGGUCACAGAUGUGGGCGUGCACCUGCAGAAGCUGUCCAUCAACAAUGAGGGCACCAAGCUCAUCGUCCUCAACAGCCUCAAGAAGAUGGCGAACCUGACUGAGCUGGAGCUGAUCCGCUGCGACCUGGAGCGCAUACCGCACUCCAUCUUCAGCCUCCACAACCUGCAGGAGAUCGACCUCAAGGACAACAACCUCAAGACCAUCGAGGAGAUCAUCAGCUUCCAGCACCUGCACCGCCUCACCUGCCUUAAGCUGUGGUAUAACCACAUUGCCUACAUCCCCAUCCAGAUCGGCAACCUCACCAACCUGGAGCGCCUCUACCUGAACCGCAACAAGAUCGAGAAGAUCCCCACCCAGCUUUUCUACUGCCGCAAGCUGCGCUACCUGGACCUCAGCCACAACAACCUGACCUUCCUCCCCGCCGACAUCGGCCUCCUGCAGAACCUCCAGAACCUGGCCAUCACGGCCAACCGGAUCGAGACGCUCCCUCCGGAGCUCUUCCAGUGCCGGAAGCUGCGGGCCCUGCACCUGGGCAACAACGUGCUGCAGUCACUGCCCUCAAGGGUGGGCGAGCUGACCAAUCUGACGCAGAUCGAGCUGCGGGGCAACCGGCUAGAGUGCCUGCCCGUGGAGCUGGGCGAGUGCCCACUGCUCAAGCGCAGUGGCCUGGUGGUAGAGGAGGACCUGUUCAACACACUGCCGCCUGAGGUGAAAGAGCGGCUCUGGAGGGCUGACAAGGAGCAGGCCUGAGCUCGGCCAGCCCAGCACAGCCAGCAGCGGGACCGCCAGCCAGUCCUCACACCCAGAGGGCCAGGCCCAGCUUCUCCCAGAGCUCCCGGACAGCCAGGCCAGCCUUGCAGCCGGGCAGGAGCCUGGGGCCGGUUGUGAGUCGGGCUAGAGUGAGAGGACAGUAUCUGCAGGGCUGGCCCUUUUCUCCCUCUGAGACUCAUGCCCCCCCGGGGCAAGCGGCUGUGGAGGAGAGCAAGUCUCAGCGCAGUAUUUGGAUAAUCAGGGUCUCCUCCCUGGAGGCCGUCUCUGCCCCAGGGGCUGAGCUGCCCAGAGGUCCUGGGACUCUCACUUUAGCUCUUGGUAUUUAUUUUUCUCUGCCUCCCGCCUCCUUCAUCCAGAUAACUUAUACAUUCCCGAGAAAGUUCAGCCCAGUUAGAAGGUGUCCAAGGAAGGGUGGGCUGCGUUUUCCCUUGUCCUUAUUUAGCGAUGCUACCAAGCAUUUAGUGCCCACCCAAACUGAGCAGAGUGGUCCAGGGCAAACCAGCCGUGGGACGGUCACCCAGAGGUGCCGGGCUGGACUCUGGGAGUGCGGUCCAUGGGAAAGCAGGCCUCCAGCUGGAAAGGCCAGGCCUGGGGCUUGCCUCUUCAGUUUUUGUGGCAAUUUUAGUUUUUUGUUUUUUUUUUUUAAAUCAAAAAACAAUUUUUUUAAAAAAAGCUUUGAAAAUGGAUGGUUUGAGUAUUAAAAAGAAAAAAACACUUAAAAAAAAAAAAAAAACACUAAUGGCCAGUGAGUUGGAGUCUCAGGGUGGGGUGGCAGUUUUUCUUGAGCAAAGCAGCCAGACGUUGAAUUGUGUUUCCUUUCCCUGGGGCGCAGGGUGCAGGAUGUCUUCCGAAUCUCAUGUGACCUUGGUCCAGGAGUUCUGUUUGUUCCUGGGGCAGGGAGGAUUUUUUUUGUUUGUUUUUUGGGGUUUUUUUUUAGUGUCUUGUUUUCUUUCUCCUCCAUGAGUCUUGGCAGGCACUCAUUUCUGUGGCUGUCGGCCAAAGGGAAUGUUUUGGAGCUGCCAAGGAGGGAGGAGACUCGGGUUGGCUAAUCCCUGGAUGAACGGUGCUCCAUUCCCACCUCCCCUCCUCGCGCCUGCCCUGCCUCUCCAUGCACAGUAUUAAGGAGCCACUUCACCCAGACUCUGUUUCCCCACCUCCUGUGGCAUGGGUGUGCCCAGUGCCGCUGCUGGCCUCCGCUGCUUCCAUCAGCCCUGUCGCCACCUGGUCCUUCAUGAAGAGUAGACACUUAGAGGCUGGUCAGGCAUGGGGAGGUCGCCCCUGGGAGCAUAGGCUUCCUGACUUUGGUUCCAAGCCAGUUUUCAUCCUGGGCGCCUGGAGUGCACACAGCCCAGUCCACACCUGGUGGCGGGAAGCCACCCUGCUUUAGAUCAAUCACUCGGGUCCCCACCUUAGAAGGGUCCCCGCCUUAGAUCAAUCACGUGGACACUAAGGCACAUUUUAGCGUCUCUUGUCUUAAUGAUUAUGUCCGUCCAUCUGUCCGUUACGUUUUCUGCGUCAUGUCAUUGGGUAUAAUCCUCAGAAAUAAUGCACACUAGCCUCUGACAACCGUGAAGCAAUCCGUUACACAUGGGUCUGAACUUGUAGACUCAGUUUCCAGUAUCAAAUAAAUCUAUAACAGAAA